UACCAUAAAAGCAACCAAUGUUUCUGACACUGCUUGACCUCUUGCAGCACACUCCUGUGCAAUUUCACGAAUAAUAUUCUUUAUAACACUCUCUGCUUGUGUCUUAGACAUUUUCCGCCUCUACAACACGCCAAAUUCUUACAAAAUGUAUUCAAAACUUAAAAUAAUUGCAAAAUUAUAGCGGCCAUAUUGGUAGUUGAUGUCAAUCACUAUGGCAACCCGAGUUCGCGCGAAAAGAAAAGCUGGUGACUAAUUAGCUGGAAUCAACCAAUCAGCACGCGCCAAUUGUUUGACAGCAAAACUGCAAACGUUUUCCAAAACAAACAUGGUGGACUGUUGUUUUUAAAUAUUUGUGGUUUUCCAUUCAAUUAUAUUUCAACUAGCCACUAAAAGUACAACAAAACAAUACUACGAGAUACUUUUGUUGUGAAUACGCACAAUACAUAAAGAUUUUGGUCAACCACAGCUUGGAAGCAUCAAAUUUUGAACGUUAUCUUUGACCAGGAGUGGACUUCACUGGACUAGACAUAUAUAAAAUAUUGAUCCUGCAGCAUUUGACCAUCCAUGGAGGAUAUAAAUAAAACAUCACAAACACAAGAAGAACAUUUGAAUAAGUUUGAGAAAAACAAAAAAGACACAAACUGCAGUACAGAUUCUGAAAAUGCAGAAUUAGAAAAUACUGAUGAACAAAAUGUGCCAAAUUCUGUGCAUAACUCUUCAGAUAUUAGUAAUACCAAUAGUAAUUCGGUAAAAUCUGAAAACAAUUCAGAAAAUAGUGAAGUUAAUGAACCGUGUAAUUCGAUAACAAAUGAAUUAAUCAGCACUGACCAUGGAAGCAGCUGCCCAGAAACACCUACAAACUUUACGUCAACUUAUACAACAACUCAUAACACUGUACACAAGAGAAAUACUGGUAAUACUGAAUCAUCAAAACAGUCAGCGAAGUCUGAGCAGGAAUUUGUCAUCCAUCAUGAACACUGUGAAAACCUUGACGGUGUCUCAAAUAAUGAUUCAUUUGAGAAUAUCAAGGAUAGCAAAAGCAGUGUACAGGAACGCAAGCCUGUUGACUUACCUGAGUAUUUAAUCAAAGGUUUAACACAGAACACUGCAAAGGGUUUGUAUAAUUAUAAAAUUUUGAUUAGGCAGUACUCAAUCUACCUAUAGCCAAGAUGGAAUUUUCAACAUACUCAUUUCAGAAUAAAAUCUAUAUAUGCCCCAAAGUAAGUCAAAAACCCUUAGGCCCGGUUUAGACAGCGAACUUUUCAUGUGCCAAAUCUAAUGCAAGGAUUAAGUGCAACGCUGUCCAGAGCGGUGUCUAAAUCAAUUAAGUUCGGCAGGUUUUGAUUAAGUUCGACACGACUCGAAGAUGUGACAAGACCAGUCGUAUAUGCGACACAGGUUCGACAUUGAUUUAGAUGUCGUGCUUUUCAUGUGCUGAACCUACGGCAUAAUUAUUUUUUAACAUUAUAAUAUGAUUAUCAUAUAUUUGCAUUGUAAAUAUGUCCAAUAUAGUGUCCUCGCAAUUUGGUAUAGUACAAUUAAGUUUGAUGUCUAAUUUAGAUCAGUUUCCGACAUUUUGCCGUAUCUAUGACAAUUAACAAAUAUAAAAAUUUUCCGUGUUGAUAUACAGUUUUAUAAUAUAGCGUUUAUAAAUUCUGAACGCUGAUUGGCUAAGAGCCGUGUUGAUAUAACUCAAUGUCAACACGGGAAAUUUUCCGCCGCUUGUAAACACGAAAUUUUUCUUAUCCUUCGGGCGUUUGACAUUGCUAUAUUAUAAAAAAAAUAUAAAACAUUUUUCCGUGUUGAUAUAUAGUUAUAUCAACACUCGUGGAAGUUGGGAGAACUCGAAAUUGUAUGAAAACACUCCGCCCUUCGGGCGUCGUGUUUCCACACAAUUUCUCGUUUUCCCAAUUCCACUCGUGUUGAUAUAACUGUAUAUCAACACGGAAAAUGUUUUAUAUUUGUUAAAUACCACACAAUUUCGAGUUUUCCCAAUUUCCACGAGAAACAUAAAGAAAGAAAUUUUCCGAUGUUUCCGUGUUGACAUUGAGUUAUAUCAACACGGCUCUUAGCCAAUCAGCGUUCAGAAUUUACAAAUGCUAUAUUAUAAUUAGAUUUGGCACAUGAAAAAUUUGCCAUCUAAACCGGGCCUUAUAUAGGGCGUAAAAAAAAUACCUGUGGUUCCGGUUCCCGACCGACCCUAUUUUUUUCUGCCGACCCUAUUAUUUUUUCAUACAUAUAUGCAGUAGUGUAUAUAUGGGAGUACCCCCAGGGUGGAAUGGCCUACCAGGAUACCUGGAGAUUUCCUUGUGUGUUCCCAGUAUUAGAAUAGAAGCUGCACAUGCAAUCAUAUAAAGUGGGUCCAAGUAAUUCUCCUAGUAAUUUUCAAAGAACCUAGCCUGGGAAAGAACCAUGCUGCCUCUGUGAUUGCAUGUAUAUUAUGAUACAUCAUUCAAUUGACUCAAAGGCUUGUACCAAAUAAUGACCCAGGCAUUAGCAUGUGGCUAACAUGAAUAUUCAAGGUUUAAUUUAUAUAUCCAGUCAAAUCUCUACGUAGCAAUUCCAAGUGAUAAUUUCCAUAUUUAUGGUAGAGCAGCUAUGUGCUUUUCACUAAAUAACCUUAAUGACCAUAUUACUUUCACAAUAUUUAUAUGCAAAGUCAUGGCAAAGUUUUAAAAACUUACUGUAAUGUGACUAUAUGCACUUUUACUAAAUAACAUUAAUGAGAAUAAUAUUUACAUGUAAAGUCAUCCCAAAGUUUUAAAAACUUACUCAUAACCUCUAGGUCAUGUUCUUUGUUAUAACUAAAGGAAAAUAAUAUUUCAGGUUUCUCGUUAUUUCACUACCUAAAAGUGGAGGUAACAAGAGGUUAUCUGUUUGAGGAGCAGGAAGAAAAAUUUCUUGAUCAACGAGAGAAAAUUUAUACAUUUAUGAAAACACCUCGGGAGUUAGAGAAGGUAUAAAUUCAGUAGUCUAGCAUCAAAAUUAUGUUCAUUUUGAUGAAGUGAAAUGUACCCACAAAAGAAACGAUAGUACAGCUGGCAUUUCAUUCUGUCAAUAUUCUUCAUUGGCAUUUAAUUUAUUGUUCCUCUGUGGUGUACAGUCCCCAAAUAGUGUCAAAACCUUUUUAUAAAUUCUUCAAAACUUAGAAUUUACCCAUGCAAAAUUCCUACAGUGUACACCAGCUUUUAGGCAGGUUCAACUCCAUUACCCCAGGUCACUAUUCUGUGCUACUACAGUAAUUUUUAUGUUUCUAGUUAAUGUGGUUUGGUUUUCUGUUAUGUCUCGACUGUUUUCUUUUUGUUUUCACGUACCUUCCUGUGCGAGUUUUAUUGGCUAUGCUGCAACUGCUUGGCAAUGUUGUUUGUCUUAAAUUUCUUAGAAAUACGUGAGUAUGCAAUUAGCAUUUUGUUACAUUUACGAGACAAUACUUGCACAUAUGUGAUUGGUUGGAAUUUGCAUAGAUUUACAGGAAACAAUUUCUCAAACCACAAUACAGGAUAGUUGUUUUUCUCAUUCUAUCAAUGUUAAAGUAAUUGUUUUCUAAUAUAGGCUAUCAUUGUUAGAGCCUCAUCAAACAUGCGAUUUGCUACGAGGUAGGGAAGUUAUCUAACAAAUAUAUAAUGGUAACUUUGGCCUGUUUUAUAGGUCGAAUUUCGGUCGCGUCGAAUGCAAUUCAAACAAUAGAUGAAGCUUAACUCUUUAAUGAAGUUUAUCAUCUCAUCUAUUGUCUUACGCGACCAAAAUUCGACGUACAAAACGGGCCUUUGACAGUGAAAGUUGAAAUUUAGAAUGGCCCAAAUGUUACACGUUUAUUACACUGCAUAUAAAAGAAAUGUUUCUUUUACUGCAUAUAAAAGAAAUGAAAAGAAAUAAAAUACUCUUAAAUUUUAGGUUUUAUUCUCCUUGUAUGUUGUGUUGCAAUGAAUAGCUGGUGUGAUUUAUCUAUAUUGUAUCAUAUCGUACGGGGGCAGUCAGUGAUCAAGCUGUACGUCAUUUAUAACAUGUUAGAUGUAAGUGUACAUUACGCUGAAAAUAUCCUGGAACAAUACUUUACAAAAUCUGACUGUCGUUAAUUCAUCCGACAACGAAACUUUAAGUUCUAUUGCUAUUGAUCCGACAUUUCAUAAUAUUACCCAGGCUGCGUACAUAACCUAACAUGAACCUGUCCCAUACUCUCUGCCCUAACCGAUUCUUAUCCUAACCGUUCUUUCGUGAUUUGGCAUAAGAAAUACAACGUCUGUGAGCAAGCUAGUUGACUAGUUCUGACAGGUAUACACACGCAAAAAUCUCACAUCUUGUAUACAUACGCAAAAAUCUCACAACUUGUAGCAAGUCUGCCAACAAGCCGUCAACAAGUUGUGUUCACACUGCUUGUCCCAAGUUGUCAACAAGUUUGGAACAAACUGUUAACAACUUGUAACAACCUUGUCCAUAUUAUCAGACUUGUUGCAAGGUUGUUCCAACAAGUCCGAUACAGUCAUGAUAUAACAAUAUUGUUACAACCUUGUGUGGUCAACGUUGUAACAUUCUUGUUAUAUCAUGACUGUAUCAGACUUGUUAGAACAACGUUGUAACAAGUCUUAUAACGCCAUCAAGAUUGUUACAAGUUGUUAACAGCUUGUUCCAAACUUGUUACAACAAAUAGGAACAAGCAGUGCGAACACAACUUGUCGACAGCUUGUGAACAGCUUUAGUGCAGUUAAAACCAUUGAACUACAUGUAUAGGAAUGCUGCAUUACCAGAAUAGAAUUUGCGCUGUGAUUGAACUAUGAUUGCGCUAUGAAUAACUGUGAACACGUAAACUUAAGUAUCAGUUACUAAGAAAGUGACAUUUGAAAGCCAUGUUUGUUGCUACAGAUUGCAGAUAGAUUAUUUUCAUCGAUUGGCCAAGACACGCUAGAUGCUUUAUUUUGGACGGGAGCAGAACCAAGACAAAAACGACGUUUUGUAAUGAUCAUACUACAUUUUGGACUGGCCUCUGUAUAUGUUUGUAUCCUUUCAAAACUGAGAUAAAAAUUUAAUUGUCGAUUUUUUUGAAAUUGGAUCAUCAUCUUCUCACGAGAGGUCGGCUCUCUUUGUCCCAACUCCCCAUCUUUCGAUCCAUAUCUAAAUCUUCCUUGGUGUUAUUUCUUUCCAAAUCUUUCUUUUCAAAAAAAAUUCAAAUAGCUUCAAAUUAUUGUCUCUAGAAGUAAGACUAGUAUCACUGGGCCAACUUUAGCGUUCAAACGAAAUUGGUUUCCACAAACAGAAUAAUUUAUAUAUAUUCCUUAAUAAUAUUGACAGUUCUCCACGCACUGUUAGUUCUGUUCCAAGCAAUUACUUUAAAUGUCGCAAUCAAUUCUCACAACAAAGUUCUAAUGGUGGUCAUGGUAUCAAAUCAGGUAAGGAUAUCAUUCAGUCAUAGUUUCAUAAUUAACUGUUGUCACGGUUACCCGUAUUGUGUCUGCUGUAUGAUACUGCUCAUCAUUUUAUAUUUCACUCUUCUUUAUAGUUUGUGGAACUGAAAGGAUGUGUAUUCAAGAAAUUUGAGAAAAAUAAUCUGUUUCAAAUGUCUUGUGCAGGUGACAUACUCACGACUGCAUAAUCCCUUGACCUGAUUAUCAACUCAUUACAUGGGGCUUGAAAUAACGUUCCCAAAGUUCCCGAUCAUGGUGAUCGGCAGUCUGCUUUUUUCCUACUUUUUCAGGUUGGAAACCCUGCUUUUCUGCCGAUCAUAAGCAAUUUCUUGCCGAUUUUUGAUCGGCUGUUAUUUCAAGCCCUGACGUCUCAUGCAAGGUCUUUAUACCCCCCCCCCCAAAAAAAAAACAAAAAAAAACAAAAAACAAACAACCCAACACUGCAGAAAAGAGCUACUCGCAUGGCACCUCUUGUUUUCGGUGCUGUUAUUGCCCUCAAGGAGGGUGGUGUAAAGACCCCAAGUUAUCAAGUUGCAUAAACCCUUCAUUCCUAGGAUUCAUCAUGGAACAUCGCGCUUUUCCUAUAUGUCACAAGUAUUCAUUAAGUCACGGCUAUUUUUAGAUAUCAGAGAGAGGUUUUACUAUGUGGUCUUGGUAUCUCUCGUCACUUUGAGGAACAUGCAUGAACUUCAGUGGAACUUAGGUGAGAUAUACUGUGUGCCCUUCUCCUACACACAAAUACUUUACAUAGUUCGAGUCACUUGACAGAGAGCACAGUGCUUGUCUUCUUUCAUUAACAAGUCCCACUGUCCUACACUUGAUUAUUUUCAACUAUUUUUUAUGGUCAGCAAGAUUAGCACGCUUGCCUGACAACAAACUGAAUGUGGUAAAGUUGCUUGCGUAGACCAAAUGUUUUUGUAUGGCAUAUAUGGUUGCAGGACAAAUAUGUACUAUUUCUAUCACUUCUAGAUCACCUGUACGAGUUGGUACCAUCAGUUGCAUUGCUACUUUGCUCCGAAGUAUUUGUCGACUGGGUCAAACAUGCUUUCAUUACAAAAUUUAACUGUAUUUCAAGUGAGGUAUGCCAGUAUAGUGUUGUGCGACGUGUUUCAUUUGAUUCAGAGGAAUCAUCCGUCAAGAGAAAUAUCUGCGCAGACAGAUCAUGCGUUUUGACCGCUAGUUUUGACGGAUUAUUCAUUUCCUUAGAAAACAUGAAAUACAUUCACAGAAAAAAUAUACAAUCCAAUGAUCUCGAUUUGCUAGGUUUAUCGUGAAUACAGAGAAUUACUUGCUUUGGAUGCAGCAACAAGUAGAUUGUUCGGCCAACAACGGGUAAGCUCGCUUAAAUUACACAAAAUUGUCCUGUAUAGCUUUUCCUACGCAGCUACUCCUAAUUGUGUCUGCAGCUCCAUUAAGUUGUUAACUGAUAUUCGUUUUUACUGUUCCCUGCAGGCAUGUUCAGAUCAUUUUGAUUUGGUAUCGCGACGUCUUGGUUUCAUUCCUCUACCCUUGGGUUGUGUGGUAAGUUAGGUUGUUGGUUUUCGUGUACUAAAUUUGGUAAGACUCGCUGCCAUUCCCCGUUGACUCUAUAGCUCAAUGGCUGGGAGCGGCGGUCUAGAUACCCAAGGAAGUCAGUUUUUUAGUUAUUCUCUGUAGUCGGUCAGAAUAAUAUGAAACUAGUUUUUCUGUGCGGUAAGUCAUAUGGACUUUCAUGCACGAAACAUAAAAUCUAAAGUAAAUCGGACCUUGGUGAUAGGUGCAGAAAUAUGCGCAGCCCCUACCUCAUAUGUAGCAUCCCCCAGCCCUAGAUGAAGUUGGCACCAACAAGUGGAUGCCGCAAUUUCCAUGAUUUAUAGCACUUUUGAUGGAUGCUACGGUAUUACAAGCCCCCUCCCACCACGUUAGCAAUUUUGUACACCCCCCCCCCCACUCCCCCGUCCUCCUUGCCAGAAGUACGAUCCUAUUUUUGAAGUCAUUACCUACUAGUACAUGAUCUUGUGUUCUAGGUAUACCGUGUGACCAGUCAGUCUGUGCAAAUAUCUGGAACUGCGGGAAUUGUUGUCCUGGUUCUUGUAUAUUUAUGGUAAGCGGCAAUUAUGACGAUAACUUGAUUGUGAAACAAACUAGGAAACAUUCGUCCGAGAACAGAGUUGUCUACCUGCAUGGUUGUUCCCGAAGGUGGGCAAACCAGGAAACAUUGUUUCUUAGCUAUGUACUGUAAGAUUGUUUCCGGAAGGUGAACAAAUCUGGAAACAUUGUUUCCUAGCCAUAUUUUUCGAAGGUGGGCAAACCAGGAAACAUUAUUUCCUGGCUAUGUUUCCCGAAGGUGGGCAAACCAGGAAACGUUGUUUCCGAACCAAAUAUCAAAUGACUACUGUAUCUUUGGCCAUUUUUUUCGUUUUAGGUUAACAUCAGUGAAAAUCCUCAACAGCAUAAUCUUAUUGGGCUUAUCUAGUCAUUACGUCAUGAACAAAACAUCAAACAUAAACGAAACCAAGCCUAAUAUGGAAAGUAGUCCAAGUCCUUCAGACUUGCAACUUCCGGUCUCGGACCCAUUGGACAGAGACCAAAACAAAGUGGGCACGGUGUCAAAACCCCGUCAAGUUAAAGCUCUGAAUGAAAUUGACCGAUAUACUCUGUGUAGUAAUAGAAUUGUAUGAAACACUGAAUAUUUUUGUAGUAUUGUCAAUAGAUGGCAAUGGGGUCUUACUGCAGGAUAAGGACUGUGGUAGAUUGUAUUAAAUGAUGUUACUCCAAGUAGUUCCACACCAGGCAAGCUAAAAAAUGGCUUGACCGCGGUGGGAAUCGAACGCGGAUGCGGAAAACCGGGGCCGCUAGCUAGUCAGUCAGACUGCCCAUGCAUUUUCAAGAAAACUGGACGGGUAAAAAUAGACAAUAAUAACGCGUAUCCGAUUGAAAAACAUGGAGAACAGAAGGAUUUUUGAAACGAAGUCAGCAAUAUGUUUGCUUUCUGAAUAUUGUUCUGCAUUUUUUAUUCAGGCGCAAACUUAUUUAUUUGCAUCGCCGCGUAGGUAAAUUUCAGUUAUUUAUGUCAAGUAUUUAUGUCUGAUCAUAGUAUAAUUAUUACUUUAUUAUAAUACAAUAAAUGUUCAUGUGUCAAUAUUUUGCGUAUUAGUUCCCAGCAGUUUCACUUUGGCGAGUAACUGUAUCCUACCUUCAUAUGUGUACCAUCUCAUGACUUCGGCUUGGCUGAACGGGCAAAUUGCUAAAAAAGAAAAAGACACUGUUGACCAGGCUGACAUUUUUUUCAAGGGAUGUAAAUUUUAUGCAUUUAUUAGAUCUACAGUAACCAGGAGAAGUUGCGAA